CGCGCUCUCACGCGUCGACGUGACGUGCCUGGACGCCAUCUCUCUCAACUCUCGGACGCCCUAUUCUGUUCUGUCCUUCGACCUCGACUUCUCAGACUGCCUGAUCGUGCAAUCUCCAAUGAUCUCAUGACUUCGAUUCUGAUAAAUGGCAGCCGUGGCCGUGGAGCGGGCUAUGAAUCUGGACGACGCUCAAAGCCAUCUGCACCCGUUCUUUUCGAGAUCCAGAGAUGAUGCAGGGUCGUCCUCUCCUGCCGCCCACAGAGAGCCAAACGAACUUCUCGGCAGCAUCGAAAAUGAAGCGGAGACCUACGAUGCACCCAAAAAGCGACCAAAGCGAAGUAAGAAGCAUGAAACGAUCGGCCAACGCACUAUUCUCCAAGGGUUUGGGAUCAAAAUAAAUGUUGCAGAGGACUCACCCGUGGUUGAGUCCGGCCCAAAGGAAGAGCAACUGGCAGAUCUUGAAUCAGAUCCUAAUCAGGAGCGACGCAAAAGACAAAAGACAAUAUCACCUAACGUUCAGAGUCCUGAUCAUCUAACACAAGACAAGCUUGCAAAUUCCCGACCGACUUUAAGAGAGGGCCUUGAUGGGCCGGAUUGGCAUGAAGGUGUUCCUCUGGAAGACGAGCAAACCGCGACAGUCGAAGACUCUGGAAUGUCAAAUCUUCAAAUCCAUUCUAGUGAUGACGGUGAGGCACAAGCUUCGACGCAACGCGUCGAUGGUGGUGUUGAAACGCCAAAAACGCACAUGGUCGGGGACCCCAAGCCUGGUCGUAUAAUGCACCUUAAAGGCGGCAAACUCGUCUCGCCGAAAGCAAAUAGGCCAAAACUUCCAGCGGUACCACAAAAACGAGGCAAAAAAUCAAUGAUCACGGAACCCGCGAGCUUAGUCGUCAAACUGAACUACAUGAAAUUCAAAUCAAAUUCUCUCGAUCUGGGCCAACGCAUACAGAACAUCCUCGACGGGAAAGACACAUACCGUGGGUCCACUUAUGGCUCAUUACCUACAGCCCAACAUUCGACCGCAUUAUCGUUAUUGAGACCGACGCAUCCCUUUUUCACAGUUCAAGCUAUGAAAAAGGUGAAGCCAGAUUGUCUUGCGAAGAGAAAUGAACAGACCAUUGAUUUCACUGCAUCAUCUACUCGUAAAGCUUCUGCUACUACACCAGGCAAGAUACGUGCAGCAAGAGAUGCGUUUCGGGUACCAACUUCGCUGCCUUUCCCGCGAACAGCCGUCAUGGCUUCUGAACGCAAGGAGUUCAAAUUCUUUGGGCAACAUCCAGCCUGGCCGACAUGCGACAAUGUACACGUGCGGGGGCUUCAUUCUGUCACGCCAAUCCGUAAGAAAGAUAUCUGUUCGGCAGGAUUCAUACCUAAAUUAAAGAAGCAAAAGGCAGGCGUGGCCAGCAGCUGUACCGUCGACUCUGUCCUUCGCACUCUUCCGCACAUUAUGACUUCAGACUCGGUGUUGCGCGUGCCACAACGCGUUAUAACUACUGGUGCCGAGCUACAAAACCUCGUUGCUGAACGGCUUUCGAAGACACCGAUAGGUAUCUCUCGUGUGCUAGACUUGCACCCAGCUUUGACAUCAAUAUAUUCCUGCAUUGAAACUAACUUAUCAGCCUUUGAUAAGUUCGAGUGUGAGACCCAAGCAUGGACUCAGAAGUACGCUCCAAGGUCUGCGAGCGAGGUGCUACAAACCGGGAAUGAAGUUUUUAUAUUGAAAGACUGGUUGGAACGAUCUACAAUUUCGGCUGUCCAAACCAGUAGCAAGCAAUCGACUAACAGCUCAAAUGCAUCCGUCUCAAAACAUAGAAAGAAAAAGAAGCGGAAAAUAGAGGAUGAAUUCAUUGUUGGCAGCGAUGAAGAAGUAGACGAAUUGAAUGAGUUAAUGCCCAUUUCAGAUCGCAGCCGCCAAGACGCGAAUUCGCAAUCAUACGUUUUGGGGGGUGACAAGUAUAAGCACGCAAAACUUGGCUCAUGUGUGCUGCUUAGUGGUCCACAUGGCAGUGGCAAGACAGCCGCGGUUUAUGCUGUCGCCAAAGAGCUUGGGUUUGAGGUCUUCGAGAUCAAUUCUGCUAUCCGUCGCAGUGGCAAGGAUGUACUUGACAAGAUUGGGGAUAUGACUGAAAACCAUCUGGUGCAACAGGUUUCGAAGGCUCUCGAUGAAGACAAAUCUACCAUCACGAACGAGAAGUUGGAAGCGAUCAAGAUCGAACAGCCGAAUGUUCCAGAUCCACAGCAAAAAAGCAUGGCGUCGUUCUUUAAAAGAGCAUCUUCAGCAACAAAGCCCACGCAGAUCGUGAGCAAAGUGUUACCAACUUGCAUCCCCGAGCUAAAAGACGAAAGCGGGCGAAGACGACGUCAGAAACAAUCGUUAAUCUUGCUUGAAGAAGUUGACGUUCUAUUUGAAGAGGAUAAACAAUUUUGGCUGACAGUGCUAACUCUAACGACGCACUCCAAACGUCCGAUUGUCAUGACUUGCAAUGACGAGCGGUACGUGCCCAUGGAAUCACUGGAUCUCCAUGCAGUUUUACGAUUCGUACCAGCACCUGUUGAUCUUGCGGUGGACCAUUUGCUUCUCUUAGCGGCAGCUGAGGGUCAUAUAUUGGAGCGGACUUCCGUCGAAAGCCUAUAUAACACUAGUGGACAUGACUUGCGACAUAGCAUCAUGGAACUUAACUUCUGGUGUCAGAUGGCCGUGGGCGACCGCACACGCGGCUUCCAGUGGAUGCUGGAUCGUUAUCCGCCUGGUAUUGAUAUUGAUGAGAAAGGUCGAAGACUUCGAACUGCAAGCAAAAACACAUUUGACCGCGGCAUGAACAUCGUCUCCAGAGACCUAGUGCUCGAGAACGAUUCAACCAUCAUCGAAGAAUUCCUCUGGUGUCACGCCUGGGAUGAUUGGCAAAUCGAUGUGGCCGAGAUCUACACAGACAUAGCCAAGCACUGUGGUCCAAAGACUGACGCGGACCACACGCGACGGGGAAUAUAUUCGCUUGAUGAUUUUGUCUCUUAUGCAGAUCAAAUGAGUGCCAGCGAUGUAGCCUUCGGCUUCUGUAUGCGCAAGCCAAACAAGGAACGCCUUGAUAGCACGUUGCCACCUGUGGGAGAAAAAGUUGUUGCAAGCUACGCUCUCGGUUGGCACUUCACGCGAAACGUGCUCAAUGCAGAACCGGCUGUGGACUAUACGGGCCUAGAUAAAAAGAUGGCCAUUGCCUCUGAAUGGCGUGCACAAAGAAUGCUUGCCAGUUGGAAUAGCGAACAUCAACGCACCUUUAGAGCUUCUGCCGACAUCAUCAACGCUGUCGAGACACGAAUUUCUUCUUUACCACCUCUCAAACUCACUCGAAAGGAUUUUUCACUUGCUUUCGAUCCUCUUGCAUACGAUCCUGAUGAUCCUGCUCCAUCCUCAGGCGGCGCUUUCCUGGCCUCGUCAUUUGAUAGAGAGUUUAGUAUCAUAACAACAGAUCUGGCACCGUAUAUCCGUAUGAUCGCACGCGAAUAUCAAUCGCGUGGGGAGGAUCGGCUCCGUAUGGGUAAUCUCCUGUCGGUUGGAGGAAAGAAACGCCAAACACGAUCUGCAUUUUCUGCGUUAGACGGCGGACGACGUUCAGAGCGACGAGGUAGAUACUUCGAGCUUUUCGGAAGGAUGGGCCUUGACAUGCGUCACAUUUUUAGAACUGCAGGGGAGCAAUGGGCCAUGCGAACUAAGAAUAACAUAGAGUCAGACAGGAUCGUAGAGGAUGUCAAAGGUCUUAGUAGCUGACAGAGUGAUAAUACGCCAUAGUCUCGGGCUCAAACUUAAAGAAGCAAGAACCUGGUACAACCUGUCCAGCAUAGGACAUCAUAUCAUGCGUUUGAUCAAUUGAGCAAGAGUUCUCUGAAU